GAAACCCUCCUCAGGGUGAAACCAGCGCCACCAGAGGCCGUCACCCUCCAAUCAGCGCAAUAGAGGCCGAAGCCCUCAUCCAGCGGAUCGGGAUCACGGCUGAUCAAUUCAAGGAGGUAAUGGCGGUCCUGACCCCAAAUAAUGAGGAUGUGAUGGACGACGCUACCGGGGUGCCGACCGGGGGGAAGGCCGGACCGGAGGCCUUUGAGGGUAAAAAGAAGAAGAAAACUAGGCGCUCCCAUAAGAAGAAGGCGACCAAGCCUAAUGGGAAGGCUAUGGUGGAUGAUGAUCUGUCCACAUUGGACAAGGAGGAUGAAUCGUCCUCCUUCGAGCGGGCAUCCGCUUUGGAUCGGUUGGGGGAUCCAAAACAGAAGAAGCCGCGGACCUCUGCGUUCGAUCAACUACAGGACACCUGGUCGGCCUGGAAGGGUGACCUGAGGGAUAAGAUCAGGGAAAGAAGGGAGGAAUCCUCGGCGACAUCCAAGGCUUGUUCGGAGGAAAGACACAAGGCGAUCGAGGACAAGGAGGCGGUAGAGUUAUGGAGGAUGUUCGAUCGUCUAGAAAGGCGACUGGAUGCUCAGAAUCCCUACUACCAGGCGGUUUUCAGUGAGGUAACCCCAUUCUCAAAGAGGGUGAUGUCUUGUCCUCUCCUUGAAAACUAUAAGACCCCCCAGAUCAAAGCGUACAAUGGGACGACCGAUCCCCAAGACCACGUUGCGCGUUUCGGGGCAAACGUGGUUCUGUACGCCUAUCUAGAAGAAAUUAAGUGUCGGAGUUUUUUGGCCACACUGGAGGGGCAAGCUUGUGAGUGGUUCCACAAGUUGCCGAAGGGGUCGAUCGACAAGUGGAACGAUCUGGCCCACAAGUUCUUGGAGCACUUCGCGUCAAGCCGAAGGCAAAAAAUCCCCUUCUCACACGUGCUCAAUGUCAAGAUCCGGAAGAGAGAGCAACUCCGGGAGUUCAUCAACCGGUGGGAGAAGGAAGCAAGGGACGUCCUGGGAGCGGACGACCAGGCCCUGAUCAUGAUGCUCCAGGAAGCACUCCCUCAAGUGGAUGUGCGCAAAGAGUUGCGACGAAAUCCACUCCCCACGUACCAGGAAAUGUUGGCCAGGGCAAAGUAUCUAGCAUUGGAAGAAGAAGAUGAUGAAGUGCCUGUCCACAAGGAGAAGAAGGGCGGGCAACGAGCAGGCGAAGGAAGGAAAAGGAAAGAUUUAGGAAGGGGACCAAACCCCACUGGUUAUCAAGCGAGCAGACCGCCAAUCCACGCGGUCCAGUCCCUACCGGCUCCUCCUCGCAAUCGGGAAAGCUAUAGCGUCCAAGACGCCCCCAAGUACUGCGAGUACCACCGUAACAGCAUCCACAAUACGUCGGAGUGCGUUACGUUGAAGAAAGAGAUGGAUCAACUGAUCUCUAGAGGGCUGCCACCUCGGGCGGAAAGGCAGGCGCCUGGAAACAGGACAUGGAGGAGACCGGCAGCCGCCGCCGCAGCGAUCACUAAUGGGGCGGGGCAGGCAGACGGAAGACGACAUCUGGGGAGAGAUUGUGAGGACCUGGAUGAAGAUGAAAGGCAGAACCGCUGGCAUUUGGGAUGUCGGUUUAUCAUGGGCGGCAAUACCGGAGGAGACUCGGCGUCCUCGCGGAAGAAGUGGAAGAACAUGGUGGAGAUCAAAAACGUGGUGGUCCACUGCACGCUGGUCGACACAGGCAGCUUAGUCAACAUUAUGUACAGUAACACCUUCAAGGAGCUGGGCCUGUCUCGAGCGGAUCUCAAGCCGAUUCGCACCCCAUUAUCUGGAUUUACUAGGGAUACAACUGAAGCAGAAGGGACGAUUCUGGUGAAGGCCGGGGUAGAAAUGACCAUUUUGAAAAGAAUUGGAGAAGGUCAAUCAACUUCUAGGCCACCACUCUUUGACGGAACCAACUAUUCCUAUUGGAAGGAACGGAUGAGAAUCUAUAUCCGUUCCACAACCUUCCAAUUAUGGUUGGUCAUCAAAAACGGAGAGGAAAUCCCGAUGAAGAAAGUUGACGACAAGUUGAUCCCCAAGACCAAAGAUGAGUUUGAUGCCGAGGACAUCAAGAAGAUUGAGAAUUAUGCCAAGGCCAUCAAUAUGCUAUAUUGUGCGGUCAACCCCGAUGACUACCGAAAAAUCUCCUGCUGCACAACCGCCAAGGAGAUGUGGGACAAGCUUGAAGUGACAUACGAAGGUAUUGAUCAAGUUCGUGAAGCCAAGAUCGAUUUUCUCACUCAAGAGUACGAAAUGUUCCGAAUGAAAGAAGGUGAGAAAAUCGAUGACAUAGUCUCACACCCGAAUGGAGGUCAAAAGCCGAUGCAAUCUACGAAUCCAUCGGAGUCUCAAAAUGUCACCAUCGACGGGCUAAGAGGUAACCUCAAAACUUAUGAAUUUACUAUUCUAACGCCGUCUUUGGAUGAACAAAAGAAGAAAGGGAUAGCGCUCAAAGCAACCAAGGAGACCGUAGAGGAGGUUUCAAGCGAUGAUGACAACGAAUUUGGACUUGUCAUCAAAAAGUUCCACAAGUUCAUGAAGAAGGAAUUUGAGCGGAAGGGAAGAAAGCACGACGGUCCUCCCAAGUGCUACGGCUGUGGCGAAAUUGGCCACAUCAAGCCAAGGUGUCCAAAAGCGAAACACCGCAAGGAUAAGCCUGGCUUCAAGAAGCAAAGGGCUUACAUCUCAUGGCGCACGAAGAUCAAAACGACGACAUCCAAGAGAAAGGCUAUUUGUGAUGAUCUUGUAGAUUCACUCGAAAGAUUACAGGUUGAAGACGAUGAAGAAAACACACCAUUAUACACCAACCCGCAACCACAACAUGAGGAAACACCUCAAGUGAUGGUCGAAAAUGAGGACCAAGCGAACAAAGAAGAACAAGAGGAAGCCCAGGAACAAGAGGAAACCGAGCUUCCCAUAGUUUGGAGAACGCAUAAGAACCAUCCACUUGACCAGGGCUACGACAACCUCGACGCGCAGCUUCAUCAAGCCGGCCUUUGGCCAUUCGUCUCCUGGGCUCGGAAGGAGAUCAACCCGGCGCUGAUUCGGGUCUUCUACUCCAACCUCCGGCGUGAGGGCGACGUGCUCUACUCUCUUGUCAAGAGCACGCCGAUAGAGCUCUCCGUUGAGCAGCUUGGGUGCAUCGCCGGCCUCCCCUACCAAGGCGACGACGUCUCCCACUAUGGCGGAGAGGACUGGGUGCUCAACAACGAUGGCCUUAUCCUCAACGAGCUUGGCAUCACCGAGCUCAUCCGCAAUGCCUCGGGCCGCCCCACCAUCCACUCCGCUAACCCCGAAGGCCGUCAUGUUCUCUACAUCGUGUCCCGGAUCAUCAAACCCCGUAAGCACGGCCACACAAUCAUGUCCGGUGAGGACCUCAAGCUCAUCCAUGCGAUCAUGCAUUCGGCCCCAAUCAAUUGGGCAAAGUUUGUCAUGAUCAACAUGACGAUUGCCGCGUCCACCGACCACGAUCACCUCCUCCCGUACCCGUUUGUGGUGAUGGACAUCCUUGAACGGUUCAGGGUGACCACCACCAUUGGCCCACUCACGAAGGCCACGAGGAUUUGGGCGAUGAGCACCCAAACCUUCAAGAAGCGGUCGGACAACGCCGGACCUACCACUGCCACUGCCACUGCCGCGCCACGGCGCCGUUUUGCUGCUGGCCUAGCCGAACCCCAGGCCCGGGCCAACCUUGCUGAUAAGUCCGUUUCGUUCUUAUCAUUUACAUCAUAUUCUAAAUACUUAGGGUGGCUGAUUGGUCUUUACACGCUUGAUGAAACGCGGAGCCUGGCCUUCGCUAAUCUGCCCGACCAGUUGGAUCCAGAAUUCGAUGCUAGAAAGUUCUGGCAAGCUCAUGGGCAUGGUCGAUUUCACAGUGGAGCAAGCUUAGCUAGGAAUUGGGCACGACCGUCUUGGAGGAUUUGGCACCAUGCAUUGGCUCUUAGCUAUUUCGGCCGCUCUCAAGAACCUAACGUUGUGUUUAAUUCUGAUAUGCUAUUUUUUUGGAGUCUGGAAGCUCGCGUUCCAGUCAAUCUAGUGACUUUUGUGGCUCGAUUCCUAUUUGCUCAGUCAACUUGCAACCACCAGUUUGUCUUGUGUGGGCCAAUGGUUACGCUUCUGGCCCGAGGAUUAUGUAUGUCUGUUCCCAAUGUUCUUCCAGAAGCUGCAAGCAUGUUCCGACCACCGAAACAUUAUUUGGCCCAGAUUGUUUAUAAUAAGGAAUACCAGGAGGCACGUCCUAGAAGGCAGCAUACGAUUCCUAUGACCCUUCGCGAGCUUUCGCAAGCUAUGUUUGCAUUUCAAGACUCUGUAGAUUCUUGCUUAAGGAGCAUGGAGACGCUCCUUCUCACGCAGCAGUGGCAGGUGGAGGAAAUACUUGACUACGUCCGGGAACAGGAAACAAAGAAAGCCGAGCAUGGGUCAUGUCCUAAACAAAGCAAACGUCAAGGAUAGUGAGAUCCUUAAUUUUCCUAUUACUACAUUCAGAACAUUAAUUUUGGAUAUUUAUAUGAUCUUACGUUAGAAUUCUUCUUUUCAUGACUCUUAAAACCAUUUUGAGAAUAUUUUAUGCAUUAUUUCAUAUUUUCAUGUUAUGGUUAUCUAUUUAAAGUUAGAAGUAGCAACUUAGAACAUUCAUAACUCUAUUGAAUCAUUAACGUACACUCGUAAAGUUGGUAAUUGAGGUUAAGG